CUGCUGCCUUUGCCUUUUUUUAGAGUCCUCUCAGAGGCUGAAGAGCCACUGCCGUUGUUGUCCUCGCCGCCGCCUUCUCUUCCACCUCACUCCUCCUCCGUCGUCUCUCUGCCGUUUGCCGUCGCUGCUGUUGCCUCCGACCCGGGAAAGAGGGAAGCGAAGCGCGUCGUAUGUCCGCUAUCCAGAACCUCCACUCCUUCGACCCCUUUGCUGAUGCAAGUAAGGGUGAUGACUUACUUCCUGCUGGGACUGAGGACUACAUCCAUAUAAGGAUCCAGCAGAGGAACGGCAGAAAAACCCUCACCACAGUCCAAGGCAUUGCCGAUGAUUAUGAUAAAAAGAAACUGGUGAAGGCCUUCAAGAAGAAGUUUGCCUGCAAUGGUACUGUGAUUGAGCAUCCAGAAUAUGGAGAAGUGAUUCAGCUUCAAGGGGACCAGCGGAAGAACAUAUGUCAGUUCCUCAUUGAGAUUGGACUGGCUAAAGACGACCAGCUGAAAGUCCAUGGGUUUUAAGUCCCUGUGGGUCACCAAAGUUGCAAGGGACGAUACAUCCCUGCAAUGAGAAAUUCCUUGAGUCCUGCAUCACUAGUUUAAAACAAGUCAGCUUGCAUAAUGUAAUCACAUCAGGUUCCCUUUAGUCUGGACUAGUGUAACUCAGCAAUGUAAUAAACUGACAAGAGCCCACGUUGUGUCGUCUUGCUGUCCCUCAUUUAAACCAGGCCCAGUUGUGAUGGUGUCAAGCCAGAAGCUUAAUCUACACAGACAUUACUGAUAAAAGGCCUUGGAUGUUCUAGCUGUGUUGGGGACUUAACUAAAACUUUCAGACCACCUCCUGUGUCAGAAAUUGAGGCUAAUAUCGAUAGUUUCUUGUCUUGAAUGAACUCUGACACUAAAUGACAGAAGGUAGGGAUUCGGUUUGAACUACCUUUGCAUAUCUGAAGGAAUCUCCCUUCAAAGGUAUUGGGGAUGUGGAAAUCAAACUACCCUUGCGACUGGCACUGAGGUGACCAAACCCAGACACGGCAGUAACGGGCUCAAUCUGUGGCUUACAGUUAAAGGGAGCAGUUUUAAAAUAGGAUGUCUUUGCAAAGUGCUGCUUUAGCAUCUAAUGACCCUGUGAAGCAACAGAUUUCUUGGUUUGAGUCCUGAUGUUCUGUGUAAUGUAUUUAAACACUUAUUUAAAUAAAAAUGAUUUUCAGAAA